UUUUCACUCAGACUCUCAGUCUUCUGAAUCACUCGCGAUUCGCGAAUUCCCUUUCUGAAUCACUGGCGAAUACCCUUCCUGAAUCACGCCGUCGCCUUCUCCUCCCCGUCUCACAGCUCGCUGCCUCCUUUUCGUCGGUCAAUGGCUAAGCUUAACUCCUCUCCUUACAAUUAACUAGUUGGAUUUUCACCAAGUUUGAAGGUCAAACAAAGUAUAACUCGAAGCACUGGAAUCUGAGAGCAAGAGCAUAUAGAUAUCUUGUUAUGCAUUGAACAUGCAGAUAGGGUCAACAGUCAUCAUGGACUCUGAGGUACAUCCUCAUCAGGGGAGCUUCUUGGUUCAGGAUGGAGGUCCAGUUGUAGCCCCAACCAUCUCAACUCAUGUCGCACAGCAGCAGCCCAUGAAAAAAACAACACGGCAAUGGGCUGCUUGGACACAUCAAGAGGAGGAAAGUUUCUUUUCUGCGUUACGACAAGUUGGGAAGAAUUUUGAAAAGAUCACUCGACGUGUUCAAAGUAAAAACAAGGAUCAGGUCAGGCAUUAUUACUAUCGUCUUGUGAGGCGUAUGAACAAGCUGCUGGGUCCAGAAUUGUAUUUGGAUUCCAAAAAUUCUAAAGAUACGAAUGCUGCUAUGCUUCGAUGGUGGUCUUUGCUGGAAAAAUAUAGUUGCAAAGCAUCAAAGCUUCACUUGAAGCCCCGAAGGUUUAAGAUCUUUAUAGAGCACUGGUUAGAACACCAACUCCUGAAAGACCGGAAGAAGAGUGUUAGGAAACGGCCUUCUCAGGGGGAAAACUGCCCUCCUAAUGCUCCGAGUACUGUUUCCAAUCAGAAUAGACCAUCAGGACAUGAUAAUCGCACAGUUAAACUGGUUCUUGUUGACAGUCACAAUAUUCAGAAAUUAGGACCUGGAAAAGCAUCAAUGAAGCGCAAUGUAAAUAUAGGUGUUAAUCGUAGCAACAAAGGAGACUCAAGUACCAUGAAACCUGCUAGACAACGACGGAAACCAGGUGCUGUCUCGUCAGUGGCGUAUAAAAAGUGGGAAAAGGCUGCAAUUGCUGGGGUUUCUUUGGUUGCUGAUGCUGCUGAGCACCUGGAGCGAGCAGCAACUGAUAAAGAAGGUCAGCAGCAGGACAGAAGCACUGAAGGGCAAAGCUGCUCUGUUCCUGUUGGAACCGUCCUGUCCCCUAUGCCCACUUUCCCACAAAAAAUUUACGCAGAGAACAAUUGUAUGAAACUUAAACUCCAGUUGUUCCCAAUUGAUGAUGUUACUAGGAGAGCCUUGGAAAUUGAUAAACAUAAUCCACACUUGGAGCUCACUCUUAGUACUCGGAAAAAGAUAUCAUCAGUUUUGGAACACCUAAAUCGCAAAUGGGGGAAUUCAAAUGUAGCAUCGGGAGAGCUAAUGCUUUUCCCUUACAGUGUUCAGAGAGAGAACCUGAUGGGUUAUCCUAGAUGGGCACAAGACUCAGUUGUCAGUGCGGCGGAUGUAUACUCAACAAUUGGAAGCCCUCAAGUUUUUCGUUUAAGGUACGGUUGGUUCUCCAAUACUGAGCUCAGGUCUGUUGAAUUCCAAGCACCUAUAGCAUCUUGCAGCAUUCAAGGGGAGCACAUGAAUGUGGAGAAGAGGAACGAGCAGAUUGUGGAUUCAACUCCUAUAUCUCAUCUAUCAACUAACAAUCAGUCUGUGGAUAAGAACUCUCUUGCUUUGACAUCAACUGAUGAGCCCAAUGAGAUAAGUGGCUAUGUCUCCUCAAGUCCAAACAAUGUGGGGACCCCUACAGAAAUAAGGACAUUGCACAGAAAGGAGGCUGGUGAUCAGAAUACCUCAGUACAUCGGGGAGAUCUGGAUGGCACGCGAUUAAUUAAUGGCAAUUCACUAUCAUCUGGUGAUUGGGCGGAUAGCCUAACCAACAUAAGUGUUGGAGAUUUGCUAGUAGGAGUGUCUCAUGAUUUAGAUUCUAACCGCAUUGAUCCACCUGCUGCUGAAACCUCCCAAUGCCUACAGCAGAUCCCAUUUAGCUGUGAUUCUUUUGAUGCUGUGAUUGCCGCUCAUAUUGCUAGACAGGACAAGAUGGGAUGUCAACAUAUUAUGGAAUCCCAUGUAUCUUCUAUCUGGGAUGCUGAAGAAACAUGUGAUGGCUUCUCAUUUCCAAAGAAUCCUGUUUUCUGUCAAGAAGUUCCUAGUUUACCUGGGGUUGCUCCCCCAGGGCCAUGCAAACAGACAGUUUGUACAAGCUCAGCGGGAUCUGAUCUUAUGGUUGAGGACAUACCUGUCGUUGACAGGCCCAUUGAUCCUCCCCAAGGGGACUGUGUGGACCAGUGUCAGCCGGAUCUACAUAUUGAGAGUUCAGUAAAAGAUUUUAACGCAUUAGCAGAUAUAUAUUGGCCUGAAUCUUUAGGACCAUUAGAUUUGGAGAUGCCGUCCUCCAAAUACAAUAACGAUGAUUUCAUGCUGAGUGAUAGCCUUAGUGGGUUGAACCUUAUUGCCAGCAGUCUUGAUGCAUUUCAAAAUUGCUCCUUUUUCGGGGUGAACAAGAAAGAAGCAACACCAUCAGCCGAAGGUCGAGAAACUGCAUCCUUUUCAGAUUUCAAAAUUGGCAACGGAGUUUGAUACGUGCCAAAUCGGACAACAGCGUAACACCCUUCUAAUUGCGGGGCUUCAAUUGGAGUUCAGUGACUUUAACGUUUUCUCAGUUUAGCUCUGACUUGAGGAUUGCAUGCUAAAGGUGCCCCUGCGAGCCCGAAUCGAAAACCGAACCUUUUAUGUGUACAAUUCUCUGAUCAAAAGGUCGUAAUUUGUACAAAUGUAGAGAACUUGUAUUUUGGAUUUUUAUUUUUUUACUUUCUUUUCCUUCUGUAAAUUGUAUUUCAUAACUGAUGUACGACCUACUGCAACCUGACCAGAUGAACCUGGUUGUCUCAAACCCUAAGGUUGGCAGUGUUAUUUGUACAUUCGUUCCUACUCAAUGUUUAUCAUCUUUUGCUGUGAAUUUUUAUCACAGAUACAGUUUAUAAAUAACUAUUUCCGGUA